AUGAUCAAACUAUACAAAAUCAUUAAAUACCAGGCCGACCAGAGACUAGGAAGCCUAGGCUUUCGAGACUGGGUGGCCGUGACAAUCGUAAUCACAAUCACCAUGAUCGGGUUGGUCCUAAUCGGAGGGGAGCUAACUCCCCUAGUAGACCACUGGACGGUGGAGACACCGGACCCCGAAUCGCGCCCCAUGGAAACACCUGCGGUUGAAGAAACAGCCGAUGAACAGGAAGAGUACUGGACCGAAACCCGCGUGAACGGGGUGCUGUACCUAAUGUGCAUGGGAACCAUCAUCGCAAUUCUAGCAAUCGCCCGAUACUUAGCGUCGGGCGAGUAA